UUAGUAUCACAGCUUUCAAAUUGACAUUUUAGUGAUUUUUUUUAUAGUAGUUUUAAGUAUACCCAUUUCACACUAUUUUAUACUAUUGAUUCACAUUUGCAUGCAAAUUCAUUUAGUUCCAAGUGUUGGCUUACCAACCCAAAGUCCCUGUGGUUGCUAGCUUUCAGUGAGGUUUCAGGAAAGUUCUGAAGGUCAGUGCAAUGUCUGACUACGAGGAGGCACAACCCAGUGAGGAAGAAGAGACAACAGCACCAUCAGACCUGUCCCCAGAGGCCACUGAGCAGGAGGACAGCCCCACUUCAACCCAAGUGGAAGAGAUCGACAGUGAUGCUGAUUGGGACACUGACCUGGAAGCUGAUGAUACAGACCAGAGGGCCAGACGGGUCACUCCCACUGAGCUCUACCUCCAGGCCUGCCAGCUGUGUGGUGCCGUGCCUGCCUCCUUCUACCUGCGCCGGCUGGGCAACUCCACCCUCAACCUGAACCACCAUGGCCUGGGACCCCUAGGGGCCAAAGCCCUGGCUAUCGCCCUGGUGUCUGACCUUGAUGUCAUCCAUCUGGAGCUGGAGGAUAACUUCCUGCAGGCAGAGGGAACGCACUACCUCAUGGAGAUGCUGAAUGAGAACUUCACCAUCCAGAGUGUGAAUCUGUCCAACAACCAUCUUCAGUCCAAGGGAGUUAAAUGCAUCACCAAAUUGCUGGCAGAAAAUGUUUCCAUCAAAUCACUGAAAAUGUCAGGAAACGGGUUCGUCGAUGAAGAUGCCAGAACAUUUGCAGAAGCUUUUGCCAACAACUACAGGGUGAAGGAAUUGGUCCUGAGUCACAACCAGUUGUGUGAAAAGGGAGGACAUUAUCUUGGACAGAUGUUGGGCAACAAUGAGGGAAUAGAGACACUGGACCUGAGCUGGAACCACCUGAGGAUGAGUGGAGCUGUGGCCCUGUGUGCUGGUCUGAAGGUGAACGUGACCCUGAAGCAGCUGGACUUGUCCUACAAUGGCUUCGGCAAUGUCGGGGCCCAGGCUCUGGGCGAGGCCUUAUACCACAACAACACCCUGGUGCUGCUGGAUGUCAGCAGCAACCGCAUCAGCGACGAGGGCACCCGGGUGCUCUUCCAGGGCCUCGCCGCCAACGACAGCCUCAGGGUCUUACGGAUGGCCUCUAACCCCAUAACAAAAGUUGGAGCUUUGGCUUUGCUCACCUCCAUGAAGAACAACCCCAAAUCAGCCCUGGAGGAGGUCAACAUCUCAACUGUGCUGGUGAAUGAGCAGUUUGUGGAGCUGCUAGACACGAUCCUUCAGGACCACUCAACUCUGGUGGUCCAGUACCAGGGAGUGAGCGGGUCCAUUACCAGGAAUAAGAAGCCCUCAGAUGCCCUCAAGAUCUUCCAGGGCUACCUGGAUGAGAGGAAGGAAAGUUUUAUGGAUUUCUUCCAGACGUUGGAUAACGAGGGAACAAUGCAGGUGUCUAACUCAGACUUUAGGAAAGCUGCACAGCAAGCUGGCAUACUUCUGGAUAAGCACCAGCUCGAGUGGCUGAUCCAAAACUUUGACAUGGAAUGCACAGGCAAAAUCAAUUAUAGUCAGUUCGCUGAGCAGCCAUCAUAGUUAGGAGUGCGGCAGUGGGACACUGGGGGAGUGAAGGAGCUGCCUGGAGACUUUUGGAGGGAGACAAAAGAUAACCCGAAUAAACCCCAGUGAAAAGCCUCAGGUGUAGCGUGUAUUGUUUCACGCCAUCGCCCAAUAUCCCCAGAAUUGAUCGCCGAAUCACUGCGAUCCAGGCUCUGAGCACAAACACUUGAGAGCGGCCCCAUAUCCCGGCUGACCCAAUUUCCCCACCCAUGAAUACGUUGACCUUUCACCCCCGCCCAGCUGCAGGACCGCAUCGUCUCUGCCGGCAGCGCCGGGGGGGGGGGGGGGGGGGGGGGGCUGUGUCUCCGUGUCGCCAUUCUACCGUCCAGAAUUAAUCUUCUGGUAUGACAACAAAACACAAACGAGGAAGAAAGGAAGGAGACCUUGCCGGUUCCAUAUCAAAGGCGGCGUAAGGGGAGGAAGAAUAGCGCCAGAUGCAGCCAGCCGUUCACGUUGGCUUGCUUUGUGAGACGAACCGUAAAAAGAAAUCGACAAGCCUUGAAUAUGCAUGCAGAGCAUUACUUAUGCAAGCACUGCAAUAGAGCGGCAGUGAGGGGAUGUUGCCGAUUGAGUCUCAAAGUGUGUUUAUGACGGGAGAGACUUAUGAGGACUCUGCUAUAGGUAGCCAGGAGGGAUGAAGCUCACUAAAUCAGCAGAUGGGCAGGUGUCGACCUUGGUCUCACCUUCUGGUAAUCACACCUAGCCUUUGCCCAUUUAAGCCUUGAGGAUUUACAAGCUUUUUGAUGGUCACAGAUGGAGACAAUGUCUUUUUUUAGUCCCCUGUACUUUCCAAGUAAUGGACAAUAGACACAUAUAACUUAUGAGGAUCACCUGUGUAAAAUUUGACCCAAUCAUGAAAUUAACUACACAACCUAAAUGAACACUUAAUUACACGACUGUAUCAUUGUGUCUCUGGUUGACCCACACUAUUGAGUGUCAUCACAUAAGCUAGAGUUGCUGAAGUCCUUCUGGCUGUGUGCUUAUCAUGAUGUUUGAUGUGACAUCUGGGUGUUUUCAGCUGUAAUAAUGGUUGGAGCGUUGCCACUUUUUCACAAAGUGCUUUUAUCCCAUUGAUUUGGUCCAUUUGCUGUUGGACUGCCAUAUGAGAAAUCAGGUUCAAAGGUGUUUGUCCCCUUUCCAAAAUGUAUUAUUUGGAAAUUGUUCUCCAUCCUUAUUCAAACUUACUGGUGAUCUAAAUGCAUUUUGUAUUGUAGCAAAUCCUACAGAAGUCUCAUAUCAAAUUAAAGUCAGAAAUGAUGU